AUGAGAACAAUUGAUCAAAAUGAUUAUAUUCGUAAUCCUACGAGAAGCUACUCACCAUAUGAACCAGAAAAGAAUGUAAAAAAAAUUAAACGUACUGCAAUUAUACUUUUAAUUAUUGCUCUUAUUCUUGUCAUUACUCUCGUUGUUAGUAUUGCUCUGGUUUUUACUAUUGGAUUGAGAGCAGCUCAAAAAACGAGCAACAUUGAAUCGUCUACUUCAACAAGUUUAUCUGGCAAUUCUCUCUAUGAACCAUGUAGAUGUGGAUGUCCAUCGAUUCAACCAUUAUUUAGUGACGGAACAAGUUUAACCUCACGAAUUGUUAAUGGAGAAACAUCACGUGCUCAUUCAUGGCCAUGGCAAGUGCUUUUAGUAGUUAUUGACAGAAAUCAAACACCAAUAGCGUAUUGUGGUGGAUCAAUAAUUACGAAUCGACAUAUUCUGACUGCUGCUCAUUGUGUUCAUCAACAUUAUCCUCCAUUUAUAUUUAUAUUUCCUGGUCAACAUACGUUAAAUUUCAGUAUUUCUUUAAAAGCAGGCUAUCUAGUAAACAAUAUCUAUAUUCAUGAAGGUUAUAACGUUUUGUUGCAUAAUGAUUUGGCUAUUAUUACCAUUGAAGAACCAUUACGUUUUGAUUCAUCUAUUCAUCCUAUUUGUCUUGCUACACCAAGUUCACCAACGUUACAAUCCGGAGAAGAACUAAUAGCUACUGGAUGGGGUCGUAUUUCUGGUGCACCUAAUACUGCUGUUCGUCCAUCAUAUCUUCAACAAGUUAAAUUAGCAUAUGUACCAACAUUACAUCCUAAUUGUUCAGGAUUAUUUCCACCAGAAUUAUCUGCUCAUCCUGGACAAAUGUGUGUUGGAAAGCCAGGUUAUAAUGUUUGUCAGGGAGAUAGUGGUGGACCAUUAGUACGACGAAUGCGUAUACCGAAUACCGAAACUUUUUAUUGGGAACAGGUGGGUGUCACAUCAGCCACAAAAGAUUGUGGUUGGAAUUCUACGUAUCCUGAUAUUUUUAUAAAUAUACCUUAUUAUUAUGACUGGAUUGCGGUAACAGUUAAACGUGCUGUCUAA